UGAAUGUACUGUAUUUUAAAAGGAUCACACGAGUGGUUAAAUUUAGACACAUGAGAUAAAGACUAAAAGAUGCGGUUAACGCUAACUUGAUUAUUUCCUCUCGAUGCGGGUAACGCUUGAAAGCUGGGCUAAAGUUUUGUUUCAGAAGUGUGAGGAAAUCCAGCCUACAUCAUGUUUAUGAUCAAACGCUUUAGCAUGAGAGUCAUCCAGUUUCAGUUCUAUCUUCUCAUAUGGUCUCAAACUGCAGAGACUAUUACAGAUCGACUAACAGAUUUGGGACAGAAUGUGACUAUAAACUGUGAUCUACAUGAGGAGGAGGUUUAUUGGUUUUUACUAAAACUAACAGGUCCACCAGUGAUGAUAUUACGCACGUUUUCAUCACCUUUUUAUUACAAUGAAAGAUUCACAAACAAAUAUUCAGUGGAAUCUAAACAUCAUCUGUCUAUAAAUAAUGUCACUCAUGAUGAGUUAGGAGUUUAUUACUGUAUGAGCCCAGAAACAACAAGCAAAGAAUUAAGCAAUGGAACCAGAUUACACAUCAAUGAUACUAUUUCUUGGAAAAAUGUUGACGGUAAGAAACAGACACAGUGGCUGGUUAUCAUGUCUGCUCUGAUGAAUGGUGUUCUGCUCAUUGUGGUUAUAGGCCUAUUAAAGGUGUUUGUGUGUGGAAGUAGGGGAACCAGGCAAAACUCAAAAACAAGUUCAGACAACUUACAACAGCCACAAGAUUCAGACCAAACACAGUACGCUGAGGUGCAUCUUCCCACACAACCCAGUUGUCCCACACCAUGCAAGCCCAUCCAUUUCAACAGCACCUAUGCACUUGUACAGCUGCCCAAGUCACAAAACUGUUAAUAUCUGUUUUAUUCAUUAGGUAUUGUAUAAUUUUAUGUCUGUAGAUCUCUCCUUAAAGUCUAUCUUACCAGAUCUGUUUAUUUUAUAUAUUUUUAAUUAUUUUAUGUAAUAUGCAAGUGA